UCCUGUCUCGUGUGUCCAAGGGCCUCCAAAGUGAGGCUUGGCCCUGAGGGCAAGUCUGUCAGGCGGUGUGGCAGCGGCUACGGCCGCGAGUUAGCUCGGGCCUAGUGUACGGGUACUCGUCCACUCCUUCUUGCAGUUAGCCUCGCUCUUCUCCCACGGCGCCUCCGGGAGGCCUUGGCGCCCUGAGCGCCCAAGCGAGUGUCUGUCGGCAGGUUCGUAGAGGGCCAUGGAGGUGCGGCCGCCGACGCCACGGAGCUUCCUCUGCAGGAUGCUGAGUCCUUUCCCUCGGGUCUUUGCUGCCGAAGCUGUGGCCGCCGAUCCCAAGGCUCUUGUGGAGGACCAGAAGCUGCCUUCCUACGUCCCAGAACCCCAAUACCCGGAAUCCGGAUGGGACCGCCUCCGAGAGCUGUUUGUCAAAGAUGAACAGCAGAGAACGUCAAAAGAACUUCAGGGUAUUUACAAGGCGGCAAUUUCAGCAGGCGUCAUCGGCUGGGCAUAUGGGGGGAUACCAGCUUUUAUUCAUGCUAAACAGCACUAUAUUGAGCAGAACCAAGCAGAAAUUUACCACAACCAGCUUGAUGCAGUGCAAUCUGCACAUCGUGCUGCCACACGAGGCUUCAUCCGGUACGGCUGGCGGUGGAGUUGGAGAACGGCCAUGUUUGUGACUAUAUUCAAUACAGUGAACACUGGUCUAAAUGUGUACCGAAAUAAAAAUGCCCUAAGCCAUUUUGUCAUUGCAGGAGCUAUCACUGGAAGUCUUUUUAGAAUAAACUUAGGCCUGCAUGGCUUGGUAGCUGGUGGCAUAAUUGGAGCCUUGCUGGGCACUCCUAUAGGAAGCCUGUUGAUGGCACUUCAGAAGUACCGUGGUGAGACAGUUCAGGAGAGAAAACAGAAGGAUCGAAAAGCACUCCAGGAGCUGAAACUGGAAGAGCGGAAAGCCAGACUACACUUUACUGAGCUCCUCCCUGAAGAAAUUGAAAGUAAUUUACAGAAAAAUCGAUCCAAGGCCGAUGCUAAGAAAAUUGAAGCCCUGCUAAAUCUUCCUAGAAACCCUUCGUCAGCAGAUAAACAAGACAAAGACUGAACAUGCUCUGGACUUAAAACUCAUUGGAGAGUUGAAAGCUGUGUUGCUAUGUCCACUGAAUGCCAGUUAAUUGGGCUGCUGACAGAUGUAAGCACUGGCAUCUGUAGUGUCAGUGACUUGCUUACUUUUUUUCUUAACCAAGAAUUGGGCUAUUGUACUCCUACUUUACUCAUCCUUAAAUUUAAGUAUGUACUUUUAUCUACAUUGAUUGAUCUAUAUAUUUGACAUUAUAUCUAUAUUGAUUGAUCAAUAUAGAUUUCUUUUCCCUGGAUUAUACAAUAGUAAAUUAAGAUUUCCCAAAAGAUUAAAGUUGAAUUGUACAGGUUGUAAAUUUAUUCUUGUAGCCCUUUAAAAGAGUACUGUAGGGAUCACUAGGAAGGAGAGGAAGGAACCAGGUAAGGCAAAUGGUCUGUGAAACCCUUGCGCCCUUGAGUCCUAGAAACAGUAAGGACCUAAAUGUGUAGUCAUGUUUGGUUCUGUCUUAAUAAAAAUCUAAGAUGGUUCUUGUGCCAUUUGAAAUAAUAUAAAACUUAACAAAAAGGAAGUAGAUAAGCAUUAUUAAAGAAACAACCCGACCUUGUUUCCUCUCUCAGUAAUGCUGACAAAGUAUCUCUGCUAUAGUAUACAAGAGUUACUCAGAAUAGAUACACUGUCUCUACACUCCAGGAGCUUGCUGCCUGAGAAGGAGGCUGCCCUGCAGAUUAUAACUUCUACUCAGUGAGAGGUGAGAAUGACUGAAUUGAGUGUACUGAGAGGAAAAAACUGCUAGUGCUUUGUUUUGGGGUUAGACCUCUUGGUUCCUACUCUGAAAAUACUGUUGUUCACGUGAGCAGGGUUUGUGAAGCAGCCUACAGUAGGCGCUAAAGCCGUGGGCUCUGGAGGCAGAACAACUGGCUUGGAAUCUCAGCCCUGGAGCUUCGCAGCCAUGUGACCUGCAGCCAAGCCAUUUUACUUUAAGUCAAGUUUGCUCAUCUGUCAAAUGAAACAGUAUCUACCUCAGAAUGAGUAUUAAAUGAAACGAUGUGUGAAAAACAUAGCACAAUGCCGUGGCACACAGGGCAUUAUCUAACAACAGGUAUUAGCAGUUAAAAGGAUACGCACCAGCACAUUUUCACCAUGAUUUACAUAUUAUUGCCACACUCCCAAAAGCAUGUUUUUCUUAAUUAUCCCAUUCAUAAAUUCCUGAUAAAUUGGUACUUAGUCAAUCUGUUUAUUGUUCUAUUCACGACCACAUUGAGAUUAAAUCCUUCAACUUACA